UCCGGCCACCGAAACCUCGACCCGGAAGCCGCCACGGCCGCUGCGCGGUCAGCGCUGCCCUGUCCGCUGAGGAAGUCCGAGCUGCUCCGGGUCCUGGGCCCAGCGUGUCCUCCUUCCUCGGUUGCCACUGCCUCAUGGGUCCCCGUGAAGACGGCAGGGACCAGACCCAGGGGCAGGCAUCCCGAGUGGGGCCGCAGCGCUCCGGGGGCCUCCGCGGCGGCGUCGCCGUGUUCGCCGCUGUGGCCGCCGUGUUCACCCUCACGCUGCCCCCCUCGGUGCCGGGGGGAGACUCGGGGGAACUGAUCACAGCCGCACAUGAGCUUGGAGUUGCCCAUCCUCCUGGCUAUCCUUUGUUCACGCUAGUGGCUAAACUGGCAAUUAUUCUAUUUCCUUUUGGUUCCAUUGCUUACCGAGUCAAUCUUCUGUGUGGCUUAUUUGGAGCAGUAGCUGCAUCCUUACUUUUUUUCACCGUUUUCAGGCUUUCUGGCUCAUAUGCUGGAGGAAUCCUUGCUGCGGGGGUGUUUUCAUUUUCUCGUCUAACAUGGCAGUGGUCCAUUGCAGCAGAGGUUUUUAGCUUAAACAAUCUGUUUGUGGGGCUGCUUAUGGCUCUUACUGUACAUUUUGAGGAGGCAGCAACUGCAAAGGAGAGAUCAAAGAUAGCAAAAAUUGGUGCUUUCUGCUGUGGCCUUAGCUUAUGUAACCAGCACACGAUAAUACUCUAUGUUUUGUGCAUAGUCCCUUGGAUUCUCUUUCGACUUUUAAAAAAGAAGGAACUCUCCCUGGGCCUGGUGUUGAAGCUGAGCCUGUGCUUCACUGCUGGUUUACUGCCCUAUGUCUACCUUCCUAUCUCGUCCUACCUCAAUCAAGCCCGGUGGACCUGGGGAGACCAGACAACACUGCUCGGGUUUUUGACACAUUUUCUCAGGGAAGAAUAUGGAACAUUCAGUCUGGCUAAAUCUGAAAUAGGAUCCAGUAUGUCUCAAAUACUGCUUUCUCAAGUAACAAACAUGAAGAUGGAACUCUCCUUCAACAUCCAAGCCCUCGCAGUUUGGGCACAUAUAUGUUUAGCAAGAAAGAACAGUCAGAAUCCAUCAUUAGUAUGGCUUUUUACUGGAAUGUUUUGCCUUUACUCAUUGUUCUUUGCUUGGAGGGCAAAUUUAGAUAUUUCAAAACCACUUUUCUUGGGUGUGGUAGAACGGUUCUGGAUGCAGAGCAAUGCAGUGGUGGCCGUCCUUGCUGGCGUUGGUUUGGCUGCCCUUGUGUCUGAGAGUAACCACGUGCUGAACAGCAGUAGGCUUCAAUUUCUGGAGUGGCUUUCGGCAAUACUUUUUGUCAUUUACCAAAUAUGUUCUAAUUAUAGCAUUUGUGACCAGAGGACCAACUACGUGAUUGAUAAAUUUGCAAAGAACCUUCUAGCCUCUAUGCCUCGCAACGCGAUUAUCUUACUCAGAGGAGAUCUGCCAGGGAAUUCUCUCCGUUACAUGCAUUACUGCGAGGGCUUGAGGCCAGAUGUUUCAUUAGUGGAUCAGGAAAUGAUGACUUAUGAGUGGUAUUUACCCAAGAUGGCAAAGCAUUUACCAGGAGUCAACUUUCCCGGGAACCGGUGGAAUCCUGUGGAAGGAAUAUUACCUAGUGGAAUGGUCACAUUUAAUCUUUAUCAUUUUCUUGAAAUAAAUAAACAAAAAGAAACAUUUGUUUGCAUAGGAAUUCAUGAAGGUGACCCGACCUGGAAAAAGAGCUAUUCACUUUGGCCAUGGGGGUCUUGUGACAAAUUAGUUUCUUCAGAGAUUGUAUUCAACCCUGAGGAAUGGAUUAAAUUUACAAGGAAUAUCUAUAACUGGACUGAAGCAUAUGGAAGGUUUGAUCCUUCUUCUUGGGAAUCUGUGGCCAAUGAAGAGAUGUGGCAAGCAAGGAUGAAAACACCGUUCUUCAUCUUUAACCUGGCAGAGACUGCUAAUGUGCCAUCAAGUGUGAAAGCUCAGCUCUACGGUCUUGCAUACAGUCUUUACAAGGAGAUUGUCUACUUACAAAAGGAGCACCCAGUGAACUGGCACAAGAACUAUGCCAUCGCCUGCGAGCGAAUGCUGCGUCUUCGGGAAGGAGGUGCAGACCCUGAAGUCCUGUUAUCUGAAAUCAUCAGACAUUUCCGUCUCUACACUCAGAAAGCACAAAACGAUCCACAACUAGCUGAUAUUUUAGUUGCCUUAAAGCACCUAAGAAAGGAACUGCAAAGUCUGAGAAAUAUGAAAAGUGUCUGAGGCAGCAAAAUGUGAAAAACUUGCUUGUCAUUCAGCUUCCAAAAUUCUGAAGUCCAAAAGUUUUAUCCUCCAAGAAAAGAAAUUUUAUAAAAAAAUUUAGAACUAAAAAAAAAAAAAAGAGAGAGAGAGAUGCAAAUUGAAAGCUAAGUCAUCACCAGGUAUAAGUAACACCGUACAUACAGCAGUACGGUUUAGCGGGUGUUUAGCGACUAAGAUGCACUAUUUACACAAAAAUCUAUUGAUUAGCAUUUCAGUGAGGAGCUUCCAAAAAGCCUUCCUACUUCCACAGUCUUUCACCAAAUGACUCGGCUUGAUUAGAUUCCAAAAGAGAAUGACCUAUUUUCAUAUACCUAAAAUAUCGACCAUGAAUGUUUUAAGGGCGUACUUAUUGGAAUUAGCUUUAAAGGUUAAAUUCUAAAAUAUUAAUACCAGACCAAAGAUAUUUUCUCUUUCCCAAAAGUGAAAAUAAUUUUUUUGAAAAGUGAAUCUUAUUAUGCUUCAAGUUAGAAUACAUUUGUUUAAAGUAACCAUGUCUUAUAUAAUCUCACACUUCAAACUAAACACCAGGUGGGUAAUAGUUGGGAAAAGAUCGGGUUUUUAUUGUGUUAGAUGGUUCUCGGAAGUCACUAAAAAGGAACGCUAAUUUGAUGUUUGCUUAUUUCAGCUGAAGAAACUAACAAGUAAAAAGGAUUUUGUAUUUACUUAAUUAAUUUUAUAUUUAUGUUUUACUUCUGUUUGGACUCAUAGAUCUAGGCCCAAUAAUUAGUAGACUCCUGCUGCCAAAAUGCAAAAAAAAAAAAAAAAAAA